CUGCCUGCCGCGCCGUCCGGCGCCCGAGCUGCCCGCGGGCUGGGUCCCCGAGGCCCGAGCCGCCCGGGCCGGGCCCCCAAGCGAGGCCGAGAUGACUUCCAAGGAGGACAGCAAGGCGGCGCCGGGGGAGGAGAGGCGGCGCAGCCCGCUGGACCACCUGCCGCCUCCCGCCAACUCCAACAAGCCGCUGACGCCGUUCAGCAUCGAGGACAUCCUCAACAAGCCGUCUGUGCGGAGAAGUUACUCGCUGUGCGGGGCGGCGCACCUGCUGGCGGCCGCGGACAAGCACGCGCCGGGCGGCUUGCCCCUGGCGGGCCGCGCGCUGCUCUCUCAGACCUCGCCGCUGUGCGCGCUUGAGGAGCUCGCUAGCAAGACUUUUAAGGGGCUGGAGGUCAGCGUCCUGCAGGCAGCCGAAGGCCGCGACGGGAUGACCAUCUUUGGGCAGCGGCAGACCCCCAAAAAGCGACGAAAGUCGCGUACAGCCUUCACCAAUCACCAGAUCUAUGAGUUGGAGAAGCGCUUUCUCUACCAGAAGUACCUGUCCCCCGCCGAUCGCGACCAAAUUGCGCAGCAGCUGGGCCUCACCAAUGCUCAGGUCAUCACCUGGUUCCAGAAUCGGCGCGCCAAGCUUAAACGGGACCUGGAGGAGAUGAAGGCCGACGUGGAGUCCGCCAAGAAACUGGGCCCUAGCGGGCAGAUGGACAUCGUGGCGCUGGCCGAACUCGAGCAGAACUCGGAGGCCGCGGGCGGCGGCGGCGGCGGCUGCGGCAGGGCUAAGUCAAGGCCUGGCUCUCCGGCACUCCCCCCAGGCGCCCCGCAGGCCCCGGGCGCCGGGCCCCUGCAGCUCUCGCCAGCCUCCCCGCUCACAGACCAGCCAGCCAGCAGCCAGGACUGCUCGGAGGACGAGGAAGACGAAGAAAUCGACGUGGACGAUUGAGCGGCGCCCGGCAUCUUCCACCGCUCCCGGGCUCCGAGCGCCGGAUGCCCGCCGCCUCCCGGACCGGACCGCCGAGGGGAGCUGGGACCUCCUCUGCAACUCCCGCCUUCUCCCCAUCCUUGGCCCGGACUCGGCUCCCGGCAGCUGCCUCUUCCCUCUCGAAGCAAUAAACCCGGGCUGGCCGGCCGAGCCGGUCGCCGCGCGCGGCCUCCACCGCCCCGGGAGCCCUCGCCGCGCAAUUCUGUCUGGCUUCUGUAUAAAUAUUUAAGCCUAUAUACCGGGUUCUUCCCACCGCAGCCUGACUUCUUCCUUUCUUUUAUUUGUUAAAAGUUUCGGAGAUUUCCUUGAUUUCAAAGCUCAGGCUGCCGGCUUUGCUGAGGGCGAGGCAGAAUCUAGGGUAACAAACACUUAACCUCGAGGUCUGGGGGAGGGGGCCGCCCCGACUUUUUGAUUUUUCUCUGCAUGUGGCGAAUGCACCGGCCCUCUCCCUCCUCACCUCCCUAGACCUAUUGCAGUUGAUUUCUUUUAUUCCCUUCUGCCUUUAUUUCCCCCCAGCGUGGGAAGGGACUGAGGGGGACAACCGGGUCCUGACUUGCAAGUUUCAAAUUAAUGUUUUCUCCCCCCACAACCUCCCACCCCUCGAGAGAAAAGUCUGUUUUCGAUGCCAUUUCUGCCUCCUAAUGCCCAGAAAUGUUAUUUUAAAGAUUCCUUCCCACCCUCUCUUGGUUGCCUUGGACUGACUACUGGGGUCUGGGUCUUAGGGACAAAGCAGGGGGAAAUCCAACAACCAAUCAACCAACGAAAACGGAACCCAAAGUCCAAGCAUUAUUUUUUACUCUUUUUAGAAUUUCUUUGCAUGUGACAGAGACUGAGAGGAGGCCCACCUAAAUCCUCGCCCCACCUCCUCCAGAGCUCUGGGUCUGUCUUGCAGUCUCCAAUGCCCUGCUCCUAGCUCGACUUGGCCAGACAAGGGUGGCUGGAUGAGGGUGGGUCCCGCGUGCCACUCCCCUUCUCCUGCCCUGCCCUCUCCCUCCCGGACUGUACCUAAGGCCUCUUUCUCCGAUAAAUAAAGUCUUUGCCAUUUUA